AUGACCUCUAACCCGAACGACAUCAAGGGGGAAGUCAUUCUCUUUGCAAAGGUCUAUCCCAAGGCUGGCACUGGUCCUCAAAUCCUAGACUGGAUGGGAAAGCUGAGGGCUGCGGUGGCGAACGAACCUGGCACCCUAGAGUACAGUUGGGCACAAAACGGAGACGAACUCCUCAUUUGGGAGAGAUAUGUGGAUGCGGCUGCCUUUCAAACCCACAUGGAAGGCGAUACGUUCAAGGCGUACAUUGCUGCUGAUCUACUGAAAGUGGUGAGAUCGUACGAUCUCUUUGCUGUGACCACCGAAGCUGACGCAGUCUAUAUUCACGUAGCCACCGUCAUUAACGUUCUAUUCCGGAGACGUUAA